AACCUGUACAUCCUGUCCCCUCCCCUCCUCGCAGGAUUCACGGGGAAUCGUCCCCAGCGAUGGCGGUCGUGGGCUCUGGGAAGCGUGUCCCCCUGCCUUGGGAUGUCCUCCUUCAGCUGCUUCUGGUCCCGUGUUUGGCGACGGGCUCAGAGUUACACUCACUGAAAUUUUUCAGUUUUGCUGUCUCCGAGCCCAGUCCGGGGGUCCCUGAGUUUGGUUUGCAUGUCUAUCUGGAUGACCACUUCUUAGCACAGUAUGACAGUGAAAAACAGAAAUUAAAAUUCCAGAAUAAGAGGAUAGAGAAUCGAGUUGGACAUGGGUAUAUUGAAAAGCAGAUCUUGCAGAUUAGCCUCUGGCAGGAUUGGUUCCAAAGCCAAAUGCAAGACAUCAUGAGCCACUACCAUCACAGUGGAGGGUCUCACACUUUCCAGAAUGUGAUUGGCUGUGAGAUCCAGAAAGACAACAGCUCCAAGGGAAUUUUCUUCUUUGGAUAUGAUGGCGAGGACUACAUUUCCUACGACCUGGACAAAGAAACCUGGACUACGAAAGAUUCUGUGGCCAAAAUCACCGAGCAAAAAUGGAAUGCCACAGAGGCACACAGGAAAUCUGAACUGCUUGAUAAAUGUGUCCAGACCUUCCAGGACUUGGUGAAGUACAAGAAAUACAUCCUGGACCUGAAAGAACGACCGUCAGGGCUAGUGACCCAACACACAGGCCCCAACAGAGAGAUGAUCCUGAAGUGCUGGGUCUUCAGCUUCUCGUCCCCAAAUAUCGUGCUGAGUUGGUUGAAGGAUGGGGAAGAGAUGGAGCAGGACACCAAGCACUCGAAAGCACGGCCCAGUGGGGACGGCACCUACCAGAAGUGGGCAUCCGUGGAGAUUCCCCCCGGGGAAAAGGAGAAAUAUAUCUGCCGGGUGAAGCAUGGGGAGCUGAGCGCCCAGUUCAACCAGGCCUGGGAGCUGGAACCUGAUUCCUUGACCAUCUGGGUCAUUGCUUUUUGUCUCGUCGCUGUCCUGUUCUUCACCUUGGUUUGGAUUUGGAACUGUGUCCUGUAGAAGAAAAACGUGCCACUAACAACAGACCACUAAUGAUUCCUCGAGAGGGUGAACCGAAAUACUGAACUGCCUCUACUCCCUUCCACCGAGAAGCCAUCUGAUGCCGUAUAUGACCCCAUUUCAAGUCCAAAAAUUUGAAUCCAGAGGUUCAGAAUGGGGCAGAGCCCCAUCUGGUUCCAGAGAAAGAGGCCAAACUUUGCCUCUUCCCAGUGACCAACCUUUGCCAGCGCCCUCAAACGAUUGUUGGAGCGAUCGGUCACAGUGGAGAUGAGAGCCAUCGGCGAAACACGCUCUGAUCACAGCCGAACGAUAGCAGUGAAUAAACGCAAAAUAGGACCCAGUGAAAUGCUUUUCAUCAUCCUUUCUCCUCCACUAGAUCGUAAGCCCCUUGAAGUCAGGGAAUUGUCAUCUGGAUUUCCUUAGCAUCUCUCAUCUCAGUCCCCAGGAACAAAACCAAAAGAUUUAUUUUAGUGUCUGACCUCCCCAUUACACUGUAAGCUCUUUGCGGGUAGGGAACUCUGUUGUAUUACAUGC